AUGUGGAGGAAGAUACUGAAGUUGAGGGAUGUGGCAAAGAGCUUUCACAUGAAGGCGGUGGGUAAUGGACGCCACACCUCAUUCUGGUAUGAUAGGUGGUCUUCUCUGGGUGUGUUGUCUGAUCUCUUGGGAGAACGAGGCACAAUUGAUAUGGGCAUUAUGAAAGCAGCCACGGUAGAGGAUGUCAUUCAGUCUCUACAAAGGAAGAGACGCUAUCGUGGAACCGUCCUAAAUGACAUUGCAAAGGAGUUGGAGAUUAUUAAAGCACAGCAGUUAAAUGAAGUGGAAGAUGUUGAUAUGUGGAGGUGGAGCUCAGGUUUUAAACCCAAGUUCUCGUCCCGUGAGACUCGGAGGUUAUUGAGAGAGCCUGUAGCACAAUGCUCUUGGGAGAGGAGUGUCUGGUUCCCUCAGGCUACUCCUAAGUUCGCUUUUAUGACUUGGAUUGCGAUGAGAGACAGAUUAUCUACAAUGGACCGUGUAGUUAGUUGGUGUCGAGGUGUUGAUACUACUUGCGUCCUGUGCAAACUUGCACCUGAAACGAGAAACCAUCUCUUCUUUGAGUGUAGUUUCUCCUCACAGAUAUGGGAUCACCUUACCAGAGGGUUACUACAACGUUCUUACACCCUGGACUGGGAGGGUAUUGUAGUGCUGGUCUCUGACUCGAGAAUGGCGAAGAAGAAGCUUUAUUAUCUAAGAUAUUCCAAGCGGCUUUGUAUACACUGUGGAGAGAGCGUAAUAAGCGCAGGCAUGAAGAACAGGGGUGCCUCUACAAGUCUUAAAGAAGCUGUUGGAAUAAGCCAUCCGCAAUAA